AUGGGCCUGGCAAACAUCCAGUGCCUCAUGUGGCGCUCACCUCUGGGGAGCAGAGAACAGUGCAGCUCAUGGCUGAACUGCCAGUUCCCAUGGACAGCAGGACACGUGGAGCCACGCGCCAGGGACCGAGCUGUCGCCUGCUGCCCCUCCCCGGGCAUCACAUUCCGGGCAGCUGGCGGUCACUCUCUCAUUCUGCCAGGGCGACUGCCACAAGCUGCCAUUUACCAGGCAGACAAAGAGGGAUUUUCCCUUCCCCUGGAACUUUUCUCUGGGGAGAAACCCAGGACUGAGUUCUGGAAUAUAGACAAAAAAGCCAAAGGUGGCUCACAUCCGCCAUCUUCCUCCCUGCAGGUGACCAUCGCUGAUGAUUACUCGGAUCCUUUUGAUGCCAAGAAUGAUCUCAAGAGCAAAGUGGGAAAGGGGGAGAGUGCUGGCUACAUGGAGCCCUACGAGGCCCAGAGGAUCAUGACAGAAUUUCAGAGGCAGGAAAGUGUUCGGUCCCAGCAUAAAGGUAUCCAACUCUACGACACCCCUUAUGAACCCGAAGGCCAAAGUGUAGACUCGGACUCAGAGAGCACGGUCAGCCCCCGGCUGCGGGAGAGCAAGCUGCCCCAGGAUGACGACAGGCCCGCCGACGAGUACGACCAGCCAUGGGAGUGGAACCGGGUGACCAUCCCAGCCCUGGCAGCCCAGUUCAAUGGCAACGAGAAGCGGCAGUCAUCCCCCUCACCUUCGCGGGACCGGCGGCGACAGCUUCGUGCACCUGGAGGGGGCUUCAAGCCCAUCAAACACGGGAGCCCCGAGUUCUGUGGGAUCCUGGGAGAAAGAGUGGAUCCUGCUGUUCCCCUGGAGAAACAGAUAUGGUAUCACGGAGCCAUCAGCAGAGGAGACGCCGAGAACCUGCUGCGACUCUGCAAGGAGUGUAGCUACCUUGUCCGAAACAGCCAGACCAGCAAGCAUGACUACUCCCUCUCCCUGAAGAGCAACCAGGGUUUUAUGCACAUGAAACUGGCCAAAACCAAAGAGAAAUACAUUCUGGGUCAGAACAGUCCCCCGUUCGACAGCGUCCCGGAAGUCAUCCACUACUACACCACCAGGAAGCUACCCAUCAAAGGGGCCGAACACUUGUCCCUCCUUUACCCAGUGGCUGUGCGGACCCUGUGAGUGGACCAGCCCCGCCCUGCUCUGUGACAGAUCCUGAGACUUGGAGGCGCCAGAGGCCCCUCUGCCCGCCAACCGGUCCGGCCAGCUAUGGCCGUGUCAAGUUUGUGUCGUGUGUAUGGUACUAGCACACCACUGCAUGUCUCUAGAAUGCUGUUGCUACUUCCGGGGGCUGGAGAAGGCCUGGAUAAAGACCGGGGGACAGCCAACACACCGCCCCAGCCCCAAGUCCCCAGCCCCACCCCCUCCUUGAGUUUCUGUGAAUUAAAAUAUUUGCAAAUCCAAAGAGAUGCCUUCCAGGAUGAACAAAGGCAGAGCAGCCCUGGGGGGCAGAGCGGGACGCCCUGGCUCGCAUCUCUUUGUUCUCCAGCUGUCACGAAUUCACACCUGUGUCUGGGGCAGUUUUCCCAUGGCCCCCUUGCUGGUGCUGGGAGCCAAAUGCUGGCACUUGGAGAGCCCAGGGGUCCUGCCCCACUGGUUUGUGUGUGUGUCUGAGUGCGCGUGGAGCACAAAUGUGAGAGAACAUGGUCACACACAGAUGAGUCUGCCCGCUGAUCUACCUUAAUCACUCAGUGUAAUCAUUAGGCGAUCUUCAAGGAAUCAUUGUGCCGUCAAGAGAGGAUUCAAUUAUUUAUGAAUAGGUUGUGUAAAUAAAAUAGUCAUUUAAUAUA